GACGAUUUCCCAGCCAAUUGCUCUCCCAGUGCUGAGUACAAUUGCUUCCGCGAGGUCGAGGCGGCGUUUUGAUUGCGGUGCGCUUUUCUACUUAUUUAAUAGAUCACAGACCGGAUCUUGCCUCUGUCUCAAUUGAAGUGGCCAUUCUCUCUUCGCCUGUCUGGUUGUUGCAAACGGCAAAAUGCUGGGGCGGGUGUCUGUAGCUGCGAAACCCUCAGCAUCAGUAACCAAGCUCUUUCCCUGCGUUACUGUGCGGAGUAGUUGCUUGAAAGCUGCUUCCCAACGAAACUUCUCUUCCUCCCUCUCUCAGACUUCACGAAGGACAACUCCCAUAUCCCCUCGAGCUUCCUCAGACUGUUACCGAGCGUUCAGCAGCACAGCAAGAAUGUCCGCAUCCACAAGAACCGAAACGGAUGCGUUCGGACCCAUCGAGGUCCCCUCAGACAAGUACUGGGGUGCUCAGACGCAAAGAUCGUUGGGCAAUUUCAAGAUCAACCAGCCUCAAGAUCGAAUGCCGGAAGGCGUUGUGCGAGCGUUUGGUAUCCUGAAAGGGGCUGCUGCGACGGUGAACAUGAGAUAUGGCCUUGAUCCCAAGGUUGGAGAGGCCAUCCAGCAAGCUGCUGCCGAAGUCGCUUCCCUGAAGCUGAUCGACCACUUCCCUCUCGUCGUCUGGCAAACCGGUUCUGGCACACAGUCCAACAUGAACGCAAAUGAGGUCAUCUCCAACCGUGCAAUCGAGAUUCUGGGGGGCCAGAUGGGUAGCAAGAAGCCUGUCCAUCCCAACGAUCAUGUCAAUAUGUCUGCUAGCUCCAAUGACUCCUUCCCUACGGUCAUGCACAUUGCAGCUGUUCUUGACUUUGAGCAGAGACUCAUUCCUGCUCUCAACAACCUGCGGGAGGCACUCCAGAAGAAGGUGGAAGCAUUCGACAAGAUCAUUAAGAUUGGCAGGACACAUCUGCAAGACGCUACACCCUUGACGCUUGGCCAAGAGUUCAGCGGAUACGUGGCUCAGCUUGAUCGAAACCUUGAGAGGAUCCAAGCAUCCCUCCCCCAUCUACGGCAAUUGGCCCAGGGCGGUACCGCUGUUGGUACCGGUCUCAACACAUUCAAGGGCUUCGCGGAGGGGGUUGCUGAAGAGGUGACCAAAAUGACCGGAACGGAAUUUGUGACUGCUCCCAAUAAAUUCGAGGUUUUGGCUGCCCACGAUAGCAUCGUCGAAGCUUCAGGGACACUGAACACCCUUGCCUGCAGUCUCUUCAAGAUUGCGCAGGAUAUAAGAUACCUUGGCUCAGGACCUCGCUGUGGCCUAGGAGAGUUGGUCCUCCCAGAAAAUGAACCCGGCAGCAGCAUUAUGCCCGGAAAAGUCAACCCCACUCAAUGCGAGGCUAUGACUAUGGUUGCUGCCCAGGUCAUGGGAAAUCACACUGCUGCAACAAUUGGCGGCAUGAACGGUCAAUUCGAACUGAACGUGUUCAAACCCCUGUUGAUCCGAAAUCUCCUCCACAGCAGCAGGAUUCUGUCGGAUGCAAUGAAUGGAUUUGUCGAGCAUCUCGUCGAUGGUCUGAAGGCCGACGAAAAGAGAAUUGCCACACUUCUCCACGAAAGUCUCAUGCUCGUUACCUGCCUCAACCCCGUCAUUGGUUACGACAUGGCCUCCAAGGUCGCGAAGAACGCGCAUAAGAAGGGCUUAACUCUGAAACAGUCGGCUAUGGAAUUGAAGGCUCUCUCCGAGGAGGACUUUGAUAAAUACGUCCGACCCGAGCUCAUGCUUGCACCGAAGGAGAAGAAGUGAUCCGACCCUUUCCACAAAUCUGGAGCAUCGCAUCGGUGAUGCACUGGUCGGUGGUACAGAUGGUCCCUUUGAGCAUCUUAAUGUCUCAAGAUUCAUGUUUGUACAGUUAGCGGUCCAGGAUUCUCUGCACAUCAAGCUCGCCCUGGUUCGAGUGUGUUGUACAAAAUUCACGAAAUUUCUUCCAAGACCUCGAUCUACAUGAAUGUCGAAGAGAAAGCUGCUUGAACUGCUUUAAAUUUGACAUUUUGAAUCCACCCAAUGAGCCAUGAUCCUACCCAGCCCUGCCCUUCGCCUCUGUGGAUAUAAAUCCGUGCUUGGUCUUCCUCCAUCGCCUCAAAUUCCUUCUCUCAAUUAGGCAUCAUUCCCUUACAUAGUCUAGAUAUGCUGUGCACCUCAGCUUUUUGUGUCUUAGCUAGAAGUGGUAGAGAGCUUGUCAGGUCUCCUUGUCGUGGCCACUCUAUAUUUGUAUCACAAUUCGCGAAAAAACACGGGAGACCUGUCGCUU